AUGUUUGACAUUUGCAAAGAUCGCGUUCAAGGCAUUCAAAAUGGCACCGCGACAUUCCAGGGAAUCACCAACGAGACAAUCGGACAGUUCCUGCACACUGGUCAAGUGCGAGGUUUGAGCUCUGAGCUGCGAGACAACAUCACUGUACUCACGACCCAAGGCUGCAAAGUCAUCUGCGAAGAUCCUGUGGAUUGGUAUUGGGCGUCCGACAUCACCUUAACCCUCGGAAUUGUUUCCAACUGGAUCAUACCGAUCCUCGCGUUGCUUGCUGCCCUGCCUUACGACUCACUGCAUAGGAGGAACGACGGAGCCUGUUGGUAUCAAGGCAGGGUCAUGAGGACGAUUGGUGCGCUGUUGAAUUGGAUCGGCAGCCCACAAACCGCUCUUACUGCGACACUGUUCAACAUCCAUCAAAUUCGCAAAUGCUUCCACGCAACAGAAGCAUCGGGUGAAGGAAUAUCCGGAAGUACCGAGUUGCAGCCGCUGAAAAGAGAUGCAUACUACGUUCUCUGCUGCAUGAGCCAAUUCAAGCUUUUAGAAGUGGACGCGGAAUUUUUCAAGGUCCUCACGUAUGGGUUAUUCAGGCCCAUAUGUGAUGUGACCGUGGGUGAAGGUGGCGACGCAGGUGGCGUCGCGGAUGAAGCCAUUCAGAGGAGAGCCAAAGAAUGGACCACCGAACUACUCCGUGUGAUGGCAUUCCAGCUGAGAAUGCUGCGCCGGCGUGGUGUGUACCCAACCUUUGUCAGCGUAUUCCUGUUCUUCAUCGCCUACGCCAUCUCCAUCGCUCUGGCCUUUGCCGAUCUGGGCGAGCGGACGACUACUCACUCGCUCGCAUUCGGCAUCCUGAUUAGCUGGCUUCCUCUUUUCGUUUUGUUUGCCCUCCUCGACCGUAAUCCCGUUUCGGCGGAUCGAAGCCGGAAACUUAUAUCUCGCUGGAUGUGGAACGUGAAUGCGGUAAUGGAAUGGGCAGCCAGACGGGAUAGCACUGACGGGCAACCUGAUUGGUGGCACCAAAGUAAAGAGGAUGCAUAUAAGAAGGCUCCUGGUCAACACACUGAAGAGGUUACAUUUAUACAGUCUCCCGGCCAACACACUGAAGCGGACACAUCUGCAGAGUCUGCCGGUCGGACACAAGAGCGCGCUCCACCACCCCGCUUUGAUAAGUAUAUCUCCGAGUUCGUGGGUCAAGGAAGGCAAAUCGGGUACAAUGGAAUGGCAUACGCCGUUCUAGUCAGCGUGUACGACACGUCGAAUGACAACCGCCAGGUACAGCAGCUCGAUGCCAUUGUCGAGCAGACGCUGGAGCGCUUGAAUGGUCGCCGUCCUGGAUCGUGGUGGGUCUUGUCUCUAAUCUCUCUAGCAAUCGUCUGGCUGGAGAUCGGCAUGGCUUUCAUGAUCUCCUACAACGUACCGACGGUCGGUGUUGGCUGUAGAUCCAUGUCGUAUCUCAUCUACGGUGGUCUCAGUACUCUGCCUUGGAUCAUCCAGUUUCUGCCGUGGUUUAGACGUCCCGGAGUGAAGAGGAAGGCGGUAUGCCAUUUCAUCUGCUUGCUCUCUACCCUUUGUCUUAUCUUUGUCACCUUUGCAGCCUUCAGCGGGGUUCUCAAAAAUUGUACCUGCAGAGGUGGGUUAAGCGGCUAUAUAGACUUCGAGAACUCGGCCUACUACCGAGAGCACUUCAAUGUUGCGAAGUGGUGGAGGGGAGCCGCUGCUGUGGGAGCGAUUCCACUAUUCGGUAGCUUUCUCGCGGCCGUAUUGUUGCUCAUGAGGCUGAAGUCUUUAUGGCACACAUCUGAGCAAAGCAAUCCGCUGAGACGGGAUGCCGAAGUAGAUAUGCAAUGGUUGAUGUAG